GAGGGGCAGAGACACAAACUACUGGGGGAAUCUCCUCAUUGUGGGAGGGGCAGAGACACAAACUACUGGGGGAAUCUCCUCAUUGUGGGAGGGGCAGAGACACAAAAACUACUGGGGGAAUCUCCUCAUUGUGGGAGGGGCAGAGAUACAAACUACUGGGGGAAUCUCCCCAUUGUGGGAGGGACAGAGACACAAACUACUGGGGGAAUCUCCCCAUUGUGGGAGGGGCAGACAUACAAACUGCUGGGGGACGGGGGAAUCUCCCCAUUGUGGGAGGGGCAGAGACACCCACUACUGGUGGAAUCUCCCCAUUGUGGGAGGGGCAGAGACACAAACCACCGGGGGAAUCUCCCCAUUGUGGGAGGGGCAGAGACACAAACUACUGGGGGAAUCUCCUCAUUGUGGGAGGGGCAGAGACACAAACUACUGGGGGAAUCUCCUCAUUGUGGGAGGGGCAGAGACACAAACUACUGGUGGAAUCUCCCCAUUGUGGGAGGGGCAGAGAUACAAACUACUGGUGGAAUCUCCCCAUUGUGGGAGGGGCAGCAGAGA